AACAAAGUUUUCAAGAAAGAAGUCGAUUUCUCGGGAUGAUGGACAGCAGAAGGUUGCAUAAUAACAGUGUUGAAUUAAAGGGGAAUUACAAGUCUCUCCACCCAGCCCACUUGAGAGCAAGCAAUUUGCUUAUCUUUAGAGUCAGAACCUAUCUGAUAGAUCUGAGCGCGAGAUAAAUAUGGAUGAUCCUUAUCAAAGGAUAUACACAAAUAGAAGUUUAUCAAUCCAGAAAGAGAGAAACUUGAAUAGGAAUAAUUUACCAAGAAAGCCCCUCAGUCAGUUUAGAAAUAGUAGGGAUAUUAGUUAUCAAGGAAGCUAUGAUCAGAAUAGAGGUACUAAAGAGAGCCUAAAAAAUUAUCAAAUAAUUCCCCCUUCGGACUAUUCUCCCCAAAUAACCCCUUCCUCCUCCGCUCAAAAUCUAUCCAGCCUAACUUACCUCCGACCAGAAAUCCCCUCUAAAAUCCCUUCAGCCUCCCUCCAAAUAACUGGCAUGCAACGGAACAACAUCGUGCUUGCUGCUAGGCUUGAACUAGCUUCUCGUAAGAAUUUUGAGCUGAAGAAGAAAUAUAAGCAUCAGGUGAAUGCUAAGAACCAGAAGUUGAUGGAGGAAAUGAGAUAUCGGGAUUAUAAGAAUAAUAUGAUCAAAAAGCUAAAUUUCUCAGACCGUGUCAAUGAAUUCUUUGACCAGCAUCCGACAAAAAGGGAUUAUGAUAGAAGCGGUAUUGAUAGCCCUGCCCAAUUAUCAAGAAUGAUCACCACUGAUCACCAAAGAGAAGAAGAUGCUAAAAUUCUUGAGUCUCUUCCUAAACAAGAACCUCGACUUUUCACUGAAAAAUUAAAAGAACAAGAAUUAAAAUUUAAAGAAAUGAUUGAAAACAAGAAGAAAGCUGGAGUAGUUGAUCCUCGAGAUGAACAAAUAAACCAACAAAAAGAAAGUAGAGAUAACCUAAAACUAAUCCAUGGUCUCAACCUCAAACCUUUCGAUAAGAAUGAAUACCUGGAUAAAGAACUCUUUGAAGAUAUUAAGAAGUCUAAAAGAGAAAGAGCAAGAGAAUCGAUAAUUCAGCUAGUGAAUAAAUCCAGUUUUCUUCAGAAGACUAAAGACAAUCUCAAGGGACCUGAGAUUAAGCCCUUCAGGAAGUUCAAAGCAGUGGCAAAAACCAUAUUCGGUUUUAUAUGGCUAUACAAACAAACUAAAUUAAUCCGUGAAAAUCUGAUCAAAGAGCAAAAGGUACAGAAAAAGCCAGUUUAUUCAGUAAAUUCUGAAGUAACGAAGAAUUGGAUGAUCCAAAGUGUUUUAAAAUAACAUGAUACGUUAUGUUGUAAACAAUGGCUCCUUAUCUCUGAACUUUUUGGUCAAAAAUCUUGAUUCAAAGACGGUAAAUAAAAGGAUCAGCAAGUGAUUCUCGAUUAUCAAGUUUUCUAUCAAGCAAGUUAUCGAGAAUUGAUGCUCAAAAAGUAUUCCUCCAAGCUUAUUGUUAUUCUUCCAAGAUAAUUUUCGCAAUGGCUCAUUACUCCUUCCUGAGCAUGUUGAACAAUUUGAGGUUGAAAGAAUUGACACUGAUGAAAAUGGAGUAAUGUAUAAAGUUACCCAAGAAGUGAAGGAUUUCAUGCGACUUUACUUCUUAUUUGGAAAAAUCUUUAUUCAAGUACUCACCCAACCAAAGUCCUUAGGCGUAAAGAUUUCUACAUCUGCUAGGAGAAAUUUUAAGAUCAUAUGAAGUGUUCUGUUCCAUAUCUUGUGACAAUAUUUCAGAAGAAUUUUACCAUCCAAAGAGUAUGAAAGUGACCCUCUCUAUGCAGAAGAAAACGAAGAAAGCUAUGCUAAAGCAGAUGAGAAAAGAAUUUUCACAAUCAAAGAGAUCAAAGAGGCGUUCUCUCACACCAAAGAAGUCACUGAGGUUGAGGGAUACUUGAUCAACUGUGCUAAGAAGAUUCAGUCAAUGCUCAAGAAGUAA